AUGGACAUCCUUGGUCUGGAGGAGGAUGGGUGGUCACCCCAAUCGCCGACACCUUCACCCGUGUCGGCUCCGCGUACGACCACCGCUCGACAGGAGCCGCCAACAGCUUCUGAACGCGACGAGACGCGCCGACCGUCGACGAUCAUGACUUGCACGCUUCUACCGAUGACGACGCCCGCAGAACGGUCCAGUAGUGUCGCGCCCUCGGACUUGGGUGAAAGGGAAGAGCGAUCGGUCAGGCUCGGACAAGAAGACUACUGGGCACGCAUCGAGGAACUCGCGAGAAUGACCGCCUUGGCAGACCAGCUCGAGCUGCAGCAGCCCGUUCAGGUCAGUCCUCCCUCUUGCAUGGCUCGGGCCAGCAUCGACCCGGGGGCACUGACGGGUGGCAGCGCUUGGCGUCAGACUCCUCGACCAGCGAUGACCCCGAACGGACAAGCCGAGACCUCUACCCUGCACCCCUCUGCCCAUUCGACGCCCAGUGCCCGGCCGCCUGCCUCGAAUCGAAUUGGCGUGGCCUCGCCUCGCAGACGGAUUGCCACACCUCCCGUGCAGUUCCCAUCGAUCGGUUCCGCGUUCCAACAGAACUCGCCUCUUCCCUCCCCGACCCGCGAAUUCUAUCGACCCUCACCCCCACCCUCACCCUCACCCUCACCCGGACCAGGCCCCCGUCUCGGCAGUCCGAACAGUGUCCCCUCGUCUCUUCAUUCAUCCCAAAUCUCGGUCGAGUCGCGCACACUCUCGCAGAUACUGGCCUCGCCCUCGGGUACCCAUCAGUCGCAAGUGGUCAUCCCAUCCUCUUCCCCUUCCCCUUCCGCCCGGUCCGAGGAUCGCCACUCGCCUUGCGCUCGAUCAAACUCGGCGCAUGCCGUCCGCCCAUCUCGAUCUCCAACGCCAAACCGUCCUCGACCUCAUCUAGCGGCCCUCUCUCCGUCUGCAACGUCAUCCUCACCUUCUUCAUCUGCGCCCGAUUCCCCGGCCAAGCUACGUCCCCCCGAACCCGAACCGGCAGGUCGAGCACUGCGCCAACGCACCUUGGCCCAACUCAACCCCUAUUCGAUCGAACAAGCGCGCUACACCCGUACCCUGCUCAAGAACGGCUGGCAAGGUGCGGUCGUGGCCGGAGUCAGGAAGGGGGACGAGAUGACGAAAGAAGAGAUGAUGAGGAAAAAGGAGGAGUUGAGGAAGAAGGGCAAGGAUGAUCUAGGGGGGUGGUUGGAGUUUGAGGAAGGGGAGAUGGUUAGGAGAGGCCAGGAUGGAUCUAGACGGAUGGAUACUGAACAGACUAGUGGGUCAGAGGACGGCGAGGCUCUGCUUGAGCGGGAGGCGAGGAGGAGGAAGAGGAUGCAGAGGGAGGUGGCGCGAGCGAUGGGGCCGAGAGGGGUGGGAAUCUUAGGUGGGCGAUCGUCUCGCCUAUUGUCAGACAGUUUAAAGAACCUGAGACCGACUUUCUUCUCUUUCAGAAUCAUCUGUGCCACUACGCAGGACGAAUGACGGCAACGACCAUCGAGGCAAUCCUGUGGAAAGAGCUAAUCAGGAUCAAGCUCACCCAACAGCCAAGCGGAUACCCGGGAAACUGUCCAAAGGCAUGAAUCAAUCGCGGAUACGAAAGAACGAGGGGGAGGAGCACACACCGGAUGAAUCCUCGGAGCAGGACGAUACGAAUUCGUCCGCCUCAUCGAGCGCUCCUGUCGUCGGCGAGUCGAGCAAGAAACGGAAGAGGGCACUGCCGUCCAAGUCGCUUCACGCGCGAUCGAAAAGGUCUGCGUUGGACAAGUCAGCUCUCGAUUCCAGGAUUUUGGAGGUUGAGAUGUCGGCAUCUUCCGACUCAUCGGAUCAGGAGGAGGAUUCGGACGAAGAGGAUGAAGAUCAGUCCAUGGACUCAGCAUCGUCCUCGUCACCUCGAAGACCGCCUUUGGUAUCGCCCAAAGACAAGACAAAGCUCCAAGGCAAGCGGAAGAAAGCGCUAGGGAUGAUGAUGCCCGCCGUAUUCAUGAAGAAGGCCCAGAAAGACCUCGUCGCGAUGGAAAGGGAGAAACGAGAGGGUUUAACGAGCGGCUCGGAUUUCGGAUCGGGCGAUGACGAGCGGCUCUCAUCGUCGGAUCAUGCGCCGGCUAAGGGGGUUGCGAGAAUCAGAAGGGUUCCGGAACUUGACCUGGCAGGGCCCUUGAGGCUCAAAGGGGAUGCUUUUACAGACGAGUCGGAUGAGGAUGAGGACAUGAUGGGUCGAGGAUCCGAGGAGGAAGCGGAGGAGGACGCCGUCGAGUCGUGGUUGCACGCUUUCGCACCUCGGCGACGGGUCAACAACGAUGAAGAUAUCGUCGAUCGGUUCCUCAAGAGGGCGAAGAAAAACACGGUGGGAACCAAGAGGAAGAACACCAAAGCCGGAAACCCUACUGGCUCCAAGACGAACGAGAAGAGCAAGACGCACAGGCGCCCUCCUUUGCACGACAAGGGCAAUCGCCCUUCACACGAUCAAACUGGGCUCACAGCGAAUAAAGCUAACACCCGACCGAGUGACCAACACAGUCGGAGCAAUCGAAGUUCAUCUAGGCCUAGGCCCAUGAGAAAAGCGGUCUCGCUCGACACGGGUGACGCCAUCUUCACUUAUGCGCGGCAGGCAAGUCUACACCUUGUCCUCGACGAAGAACCCGGACAAAGCGAUAUCGAGCAAAUUUCUCCCCGCUUGGCCCCUCGGAAUAUGGGAGGAGUGCCAGCCGUGGUCACUCGGGACGCUCCUCGGCCCCCUUCGAUGACCGCGACGAAGACGACGACGACGACGGCGCCUUCACGAGCGCCAGCAGAUGAGAACGAGCACUGGGCAACCUUCGGCAAGUUUUCGCAUGACUUUGAGAUUGAGCUUCUGCCGGUGGGUCUUCAGCUCGAUGGCUCCUCUUUCGUUCGUCGCGGUCACCUCGAAUCACUCCUCCGUCGACAUACGCCUGACGAGUCAGCUCACAAUACUCGUCUCACAUUGGGCGAACUGGCACUCGAUGGCGCCAUGACUCCGGAGGCGGUCGAAGCGAUGCUGCCACAGUUCUGCGACAGCGUCUUUGAAGUGAUAUGCCAAGGUGACGAGACCGAAAUGAUGACUUGCAGUGGUGCUCUCCAUCUCUUGGGUCGCGUAAUUUCGAGCGGAAGCGUUAUUCCCACUUCGCUCUCGGCAUCGAUCUCGUCGCAACUCAAUCGCUUGGAAGAGCGAUUGGACUCUGUUUCUGAUGUCGCCAAGGACGUCAAAGCUUUCAGUGGUCGUCGAUUGGUGCUGUUGUGGUACGGCUUCGAUCUGGCGAUACGACUCGCCCAACCCGCCGAGUUAGUACACUCGCUCGCAUCGAAAUUGAUCGACCGACUUGUCCACCGUGGGGUCGAGUCGACGAUGAAAGGUCUCAAAUGCGCCUCUUCUUCGCCCGAGACCGCGCUCAACGACAUUAGCCUGCAUGUGUGGCUCGGAUUGGUCAGCGUCGCGGUGCAAGAUUUUGAUGGUAUGACUUGGCGCCAAGCUGACCUGUGGAUGAUCACGCUGGAGCGAAUUGCUGCGCAGCUCUCACCGCGCGCUCAGAAGGGACCCAUCGCUGGCGAGAUCAUGUCCUACACCACGAUGAUGCUAUGCGCAAUAUCUCAGUUCUCGUAUUUGGGUAUUUCGACCUCGACACCUCGUCUUUCUGCGCAUUGGGGUGUGGUAAUGCGUGCGCUCCAGCCCAUUAACGUCGUCGCGCUCGCUCGUCCCGAUCGUGCACUUUCUAACACGGCCAUCGCCCGUCGGGAUCGCUACAUCUGGACGCUCUUCGCCCGGUGUCUCGUCUUCGUCGAUCGAUGGAAUUGGAAGAUUGACCAACGCAGCGACGUCCUCCCCAAGCUGUACGAUAUCCUCAACGCUCGCUGCCUGGCGGAUUUGUCGAUCGAGACCCACGGUGACUUCGCCAUAUUUUUACAGCACCCCGACCAGUUCAACUCGACGAAAGCGCUUGUGCUUGAUCCAAAAGAUGAUACAGCGUUCUCUAUCAUGCUCAAGCUCAUCACCAAUGCAUCACAAGCAGCCGUCGCCUCCGGAGAGUUCCGCCAACUGACUCGGCUCUUCUCGCGCCUGACGCCCAUGACCUCGCAAGCAUGGACCCGUGCGUCUCCUGAGUUGCUUCGGUCCCAUUCAACCUUGGUCAACCACUACAGUCUCCUCAUCACAUUUGCUCGACUCAUCGCUGCCGCUCGACCCGCCUCGAACCUGGCUUUGCAGUACCUUGAUCAAGCACGCCGUCUAAUUGAUCUCGCGCAAGUGGAUGAAGAAGCUCGUCGCAUCAACGUGCGCGCCGUGCUGUACUUUAUGCUCGCCUUCCAAGCCCAUAAUCUUGAUCUUGCAUCCGCUUCUAUGUGGUUUGGGUCGAUCACGACUCAGCUCAAGAAGGAGUAUAUCGACAUCGAGAAGCAAAGGCGCAUCGACAAUCGAGGGUUGGGUCGCAAAGCCGGCAAUCUGCCCCGACCGACAGGCAACGAUCCGCUGUGGCAUCGAGCUGUGCUGCUGACGAUGAUUCUGCGAUCGAUCCAACUCGUUCUGAGGUCGACGGUCAAAGACGAGAACGCAUUCCCUGAGCUGUGCCUGCUCGAGCCCGGUGAGUCUACGGCUCCACAUCUGCUCUAAACCCACGAAACGCCUCGCUGACGAGACGGCGCUUUUCUACUCCAGCAUGGACCUCUUCGCUACUCGAAUCGCCGCUUGCGCUCGAUCCCAUGAUCGGCCUCGAGAUCGUCCGCACGGUGGCCUGUUUCCUCGAUCUACGGGCCAAGGCAAAGCCUCGAAUCAAUGCGACCGCUCCACUCGCGGCAACCGGUGCCGAUGCCGGGAUCAGCCAGGAUGAGUUUGGCAUGUUCGACGAGAUGGACUUUGAGGACCCGGCGUUGAACGCGAUGCUGGGGGUCGAGUCGACUACGGCCCCUGAGGGCGGCGACGAUCGUGACCUGUUCAAGAGGAAGGAUGCAGGGUUUGCUCAGGUGAGUGAUGCGGAAGUUCCCUGAGCUUUCGAGAGCCCGUGUUGAGACGAUGUCGCUUCACAGAUGAUUAAAAGCGAGCUCUCUCCGGCUUUCUUUCGCUUGGUAUCCAACAUUUUUGGGUCGACCGAAUGGAGAGGCCCCACUGUCGGCGAUCUGGUUGCCUACGCCCAGCAGGUUGUUGAGACAUGGAUUAGAUGCGUUGCUGUCAUGGUUCAACACAAUCUCGUCGUGAGUGCCCCUCAUCUACAUUGGUGGUGCUAGCACUGACCUACGGCGCUUCUCAUGCAGGACUGGAGCGGCUACCUACGCUACGGGGAUCAGUCGUGGAAACGGGUCAUCGAUCCUAUAGGUCGACGCACGAUCGGUCUCCUACUCGCUAUCCUGAUCCUACGUCACGAGCCUGAUGCCUACUCGGUCAGUCCACGUCUCCCCAUGCUGAUCAACGAAUCGGCACCAAAACUGACCCGAUUCGCUUCAAAUUGCAGUUGUUCCAGGAUGACAUUCUGGAGAUCUGGUUCCAAACCAUUGUCGCUUACUCCCUCUCGUCGGAGCACAUCCUCACCUCGCGAUUGCUCAACGCCGAGCCGGUCUCGCCGCUUUUCGAGGACGCUCAAAUCCUGCUCGAACGCAACGAGGAUUGUCGCUUCGAGCUCGAUGAGCAUACCAUCGACGAACGUCGUCUCGAUAUCCUUCGCAGUGAGUCCUUCCCUCUCGCGCUGCAUUGAACGAAGCUCACCCAGCUAGUCGACCGUGGAAUGCUCACAGGCGUUUUCACAAGCGCUGCACGACAUCUCGUCGCAUCCAACGCGAACCCGCUACUCUUUGCGGGAUCAAAAUCAUCGUUGAACCGAGCCAUGAUCCUCAACUUGUUUCGUGCCAUGCUCGCAUCGAUGAAGGAUCAUCUUGCGGUCGGUUCACUAUUUUCGUUCCCUCUGCGAAGCGCGUGCGUUCCUGACCAUUAUUCUCCAAUCUCUCAGGCCAUCACCAACGAACGUAGUCGAGACAGCUACGCCACCUUCGUUCGAAACGUUUUGGAUGCAUUGAGGGGGUGCGGUGCGCCGGACGUGAACGAGCAGUCGUUGGUCGAUUGGCGAGUGCUGGAAAAAUCUGUAGCUGGCGUUAGUGCCUGA